AAGAGAGCCGCCAGCAAACUGAGGGAGGAGAACCGCCACAUCGGACAGAUCUUCAACAAGCUGGAAUCCCCACAGGCCAUGCUGGAGCACGUCAUCCCGCGACUCUCGGAGAUUUUGGUCCUGGAAGACACGGCGUCCAUCCAGAUGGAGGUGGGGAUGUUGGUGUCGGACUUUCCAGACUUCAGGAAACGUCAUCUGUCCUCCCUUCUAGAUGUCCGGGGCUUGUGGGACCCAAGUGAGCGACAACAGAUUCUGGGUGUUCUGCAUGACUUGGAAGGGGCAGAUGCACUUCUGCCAUGUCGAGGAUCUGUGGGCUUCUUCUCGGAAAUCUCUAUUACACAUGAUACUCACUGCAUCCAUGUCGGCCUAUCGAGAGCCUCACAGUUUGGCCGCAGAGCAUUAAGUCUCCUUAGCGGUCGCAGGAGGACCACAACAAAUCAUGUCGGGGGUGGACUGUCUCCUGGAGAAGAGGACACCCAGCUUUAG